AUGCACCCAGAUAACCUCUACGCCCAUCAGCCACCGGACUUUGACCGACUAAUCGAAUCUGAUCCAAGUAUCGAACGAUCGAGCCUGGUGGACUCGGAUCGGAAUUCCACAGUUUUCAAAGAUCCUGAAAAGCUUCGUCAAUUAACUUGCGCAUUGUUACUUAGCGAUUUCAACCUCAAGCUCUCACUACCGCCUGAUAGACUAUGUCCCAUAAUUCCUGGGCGAUUGGAUUACUGUCUAUGGCUCAUCGACGUUGUGAAAGCCAGUGUUCAAUUAACGGAUGAAGGGGCCGGAGUGCUAGUGAUCGACAUUGGAACUGGAUCAUCCGCUAUUUAUCCCUUGUUACUUUCCCGAUUGUUAAAAAAGGUCCGAGUGAUCGCAACAGAAAUAGAUCAAUUUUCGUAUGAUUCAGCUGUGCGAAAUGUCACCCAGAACGACUUGCUCGAUAGAGUCACCAUUCAGAAGACCUCAUCUACUGAUCCUACCAUCCUGCCUACCGCCUCAAUAUCACCAGAAACAGGCCAAACGAUUUCAAUCACGAUGUGCAAUCCGCCCUUUUACAGCUCCCAAGAUGAAAUAGACGCCUUGAGAGCGAAGAAAGAUUUAGCACCUGAAGGAGUUUGCACUGGCUCGGAGGUUGAGAUGGUUUAUCCUGGGGGUGAAGUGGGUUUCAUUGAAAAGAUGAUGAAGGAUAGUUUAGUCGUCGGAAGUCAAACCAGAUGGUUUACUUCCCUAUGUGGGAAAUACACCACGCUGUUGCCCGUAGUUCAGCUUUUUAAAUCACUCGGGGGGAAUAAUUAUGCUAUCAGCGAACUCAUUCAAGGUCGCACCAGACGAUGGGUGAUCGGCUGGUCAUGGCAACCCUACCGCCUUCCAAACGAUCUGGCGCGGACGUUAGGGCCCCCUGGUCCCCGUCUGAAAGACAGUUCCCAAUUCCUACCGCCAAGUAACCACAUAGAAUACUACAUCUCGCUGGACGUUCUUGUAUUUGAGAAAAGACAUUCUCUUAUCGAUCAAAUCACCAAUACCUUAGAGCACAUUGCUAAGUGUGGUUUUGCAGUUUUGCAGAGCGACUCCUCUUGCAUUUGGAAUGUGUCCCUCGUCGAAAAAAAUUGGACGCGGAAUGCGAGAAGAAAACGAAAAUUCCUAGCUGAAGAAACACCGCACGAUCAGUCAAAGACCCAGGCAGUAAGAUCCGGAAGUGUAGAAACGGAUCCUAAUUCCCCCAAACCCCUGGAUCACGACCCUAUCUUGAAAGUAACGCUGUCAUUAACUCAGUACCAGACCCAAUCAGAUGUUCAUGGUACAAGGGACGAGAAACCAACGAUAUCGCCUAACUGCUCAUCUUCAUCCUGUCUGACAACACCUGCGGAGGAAAGGAACGGAUUGAAAAUUAGUAUUGACUGGUUAUUCGGUCAAGAUCGUGAUCUGUUUCUUAGCUUUUGGAAUCAUGUUUUGAAAAAGUUACAUGUAAAUAGCCAGUUGCCUUGA